AUGCCAAGGAAGAGUAAGAAGUCACAGGCUGCAAGCCAGCGCUGGCAGAGGGUUCAUGACAUUGACUUUGUGAGUACUGGACAAGCAGAUGGUGUUCCUCAGAGCAAUGGAGAGGUAAAGAGGUCUGAAGUGUCUGAUGCUGUGAAACAGGGAGGUGAAAAUGCAUCAUGUCAACCACGGGUAUCUUAUGAAGACGUUCUCAAGAGGAGACGUGUAAGUGAGUCACCUGCAGCAGGUCCGUCUAACUCUGAACAGGUAAAACACAGAGGUGAAAGUAAUGAUCCAGGUGUACAACAGGUAACAUAUGCAGACAUGUUGAAGAGAAAACUUCCUCGUGUGUCACGUACUGCUGGUCCGUCCAACUCUCCUCAGGUUAACUACAUAGCCCAAACUGACAAGCCAUUUUCAACCCAGGUAUCGUAUCCAGACACAGUUAACCACCGUAAUUAUCAGUCUGUUUCAGCCUCUUCUCAGGCAGGAAAUAUUAAUCAGUCAGGUGAACAAAAUGUCUGUGCGUCACGCAGCCAAGCGUCUCUGAAAUACGGCCGAUCCAGAAACCAGCAGUGCACCUGUAACUCACUGACAUUUCUAGCAUUCCUGAAUGAGAAAGAACACAUCACCAGAGCAGAUCUGGACCGUGUUUUGGAUAAAGGUGAUGCGAUGUACAGAGAAAUCAGAAAAACUGUUGAUCACGCCCAUCUGACAACCGAUGAGCUCCCUGACCAGGUUCCUGCCCGCAGACACAUGCUGACUGUUGACAAGUUACAGCUGUCUAGAUACGGUACGUUUGGAGAUCCGGAUCCCGGAGCUGUUGAUACCUUUCUGGACCUCGAGAUGGGACUGAGCUGUUUAUUAUCAGAUGUGCAGUAUGCUUUGCUGCUAAUGACUUCACUGUGCAUUGCAGUUUUCAGAACCAGAGAUGGCAGGUACGGUUUCUUUGACCCACAUGCUAGGACAGCUAACGGUUUGCCUCUGCUUAAGGCCACACCUACUCCUGGUACCGCUGUCAUGGUAACAUUCACACGCCUCAGUGACAUGAUUGCCAGGCUCAUCACGUAUCACCACAUGUUGGGCACAGCAGCGUCCUGUACCUAUGAGCUCAAGCCAGUUGUGUUCUGUGAUGUGAACCCAAGUGAUGCUAUCCCAGCCACAGAAAGUCCGUCCACAAGUCCCUCUGUAACAACCACUGUGAUAAAUGAUGACACAAGUGCCCCACAGAUGAACGCUGAUGUCCAUGAAAACACUGAAUGGGACAUGGAAACUGAACCAGAACCACUGAUCGACUUCAACCAGUGUUCUGUCACAUUAACUGGUCCUGAAUUUCUCACUCCAGAGAUUAACACUACUGUAAGUGAUGGCACAUCACAGAAAGCCUCAACUUUGAUGGAAACUCAAGCUCAUCAACCAGGUGAAAUCAACAAUAAUUCUGUCACAUUAGAGGAAACUCAACAGACAAAAUCAAAUUUGACACAACCAUUGAUAACUAUCCCCAUUGCUAGUGACAAAGUUAUCCAUGACAUCUCCACUAAACUGUCAAAAUUAAGCAAACAGCAAAAAAAGAAAUUUAAGAGGAGACUAAUGAGAUCUGGAAAGACAUCUCAAAAGAAAGAGAAUCAAAAAAGGAGAGAGAGACAAAAGUAUGCUAAGAGUGAAACAUAUAAAGCAAAGAAAAAGUCUUAUUCAAGUAACAAAUAUUCUGUAAAUCCUGAGAUACGGACAAAGAAAAGACAAAAGAUCACAUCUAAAUAUAGAGAAAGCACAGGCUUCAGACUGAAACAAAAAGAAUAUAUCACCAAAAAAUACAGAGAAAAUGUUGAUUUUAAAGGCAGACAAAAAGAAUAUAUCACCAAAAAAUACAGAGAAAAUGUUGAUUUUAAAGGCAGACAAAAGUUAUAUUUUAGGAAAAAUAUGGAGAAAAUGUUGAUUUUAAAGGCAGACGAAAAGAAUAUUUCACGAAAAAAUACAGAGAAAAUGUUGAUUUUAAAGGCAGACAAAAAGAAUAUAUCAGGAAAAAAUACUCGGAGGAUGUUAAUUUCAGGCAAAGACAGCGAUCAUAUAUCACUCAUCGAUAUGCAAAUGAUGAAAUAUUCUGUCACCGACACAGACAGCUGA